AAAUGUACGUUUGAGACAACUCGACUGAGGUUUUUGAUGAGGCUGAAACCAGACAUACACACAACAUGGCGUCAGAUGCAGAAAACGACAAGACUUCGUCUUAUCUUUUCACCAAUGAAGACGGCGAACCCCUGAAGUUCUUUAUUAGACCGUCAGAAACUAAAGUGAGAUUAAAACCAUUGGUUGAGGCUCAUGGUGGCGUUGUGAGCAGUAAGCUUGUGGGAUCUGAAGCAGACUGGAUCAAAUUAAAAGCUGAAGGGGAUCGAGUCCUAACAAAUAAUGACUACUUUAGAGCCAAAUACAUUGAUGACUGCCUUGACGAAGGUGUAAUCCUUCCAAUGGACUUAUACAGAGUACAGCCAAGACAAGGUAGAUCACCAUCCCCGACAAACACAAUAAUAACCGAUGUCAGCACACAAGGGAGAAAUUACUACACUAAGAAUGACGACUUGGCCAUACUGACCUACACUUCCAAACACACAGACAGCAAAUUCUCCGGCAAUCAAAUCUGGAAGAAGAUGGAAAUGCUGAAGAUAACUGAGCACUCUUGGCAAUCGAUGCGAGAUCGUUUCCUGAAGAAACUGGAAAGACACCUUGUUGACUUCAUUGCAGACCAGAAGAGAGCCAAGGAAGCAACUAUGAACGGUAAAUCAUCUGUAAGCGAAGAAGCAGGCUGGAAAUCUACCUUAACGGCGCCGUGGAAGGAAUCACCGAGAGCGAAAACCUCCUUGAAGUUUAAGAACCCACCCGCCAUAGUUCCUAAAGUUGCGGUGAAAAGAACCACUGCCACCAAAGCUGUCUGGGCAAAUAGCUCGGACUUUGCUGCGGAAGAUGACGUAAUUGUGACAGUACAGAGUGCAACUAGUGAAGCGAAUGAAACGGUUGCAGGUGAAGUGUCAACGUCAACGAGCAAAACAAAGGUGACCGAUACAGCCAAAGAGGUCUCAGGAGGUGCUGUCGAAGAGCCAACAGAUCCUAUGGAUUCUUCACUUAACAAGUCGACUGAAACUGACUUCCCCGAAGAAGACAACACAGCAAUAGAAGGUGAUCAAAGCAAUUCCAGUAGUGACUCGGACUUUGACAAAUAUCUCAUGGAGGAAGCAGAGCAAACCUUCGUACAGAAGGCAAAGCCCAAACAGGCCGAGAUGGAGACUAUAACGAUUCUUGACUCUCAAGAAACUGAGAAUGCAGGAAGGACUACUGGCCAAGAUAAACCCCUUACUGAUCAGAAUGUUUCCAAGAAGAGCCCUUUUUGGACUCCAAGGCGAUCACCCCGGAAGCGAACUUUGAAAGGAGACCUUGUGGUCGACAUAAACAGAAGAGUUUUGUCAGCGUCAAAAAGGAAAACAAAGACGAUCAAUACAGCCAAAGAUGUCUCAGGAGGUACUGUCUCAGAGCCAGCGUCAGCGUCAGCGUCAACGAGCAAAACAAAGAAGCCCAAUACAGCCAAAGAUUUCUCAGGAGGUACUGUCGAGGAGCCAACAGAUCUGAUGGAUUCUUCUGCAGCUAAGUCGACUGAAACUAACUUUCACUUAGAUGGCGACCAAAGUGGCUCCAAUAGUGACUAUGACUAUGACAAAUACCUUACCAUAGCAGCAGAACAAAACUCAAGAGAGAUGGCAAAGACUGAGAUGGAGACUAUAACGAUUAUUGACUCUCAAGAAACCGAGGAUGAUGGAGGGACUACCAGCCAAGAUGAAGACCUUAUUGAUCAGAGUCCUCCCAAGAAGAGCCCUUUCAGGGCUCCAAGGCGAACAUCGCCCCGGAAAAGAACGUUAAAACUAGACUUUUCAGACGACACUGACAGCUCCUCUGAAGACGGCAAGAUUCAUCCCUCUCCAAGAGCCAAACAUAAAUACAAGAGGCAAGUCAUCCUGGAUGAUGACAGUGAGGAUGAGCAAGAUCUUAAUGAUUCCGAUUUUUCAAGUGCUCUGGAUGUGAAUGAUAACCACGUCUAUCUUGCCAGCAAAGACAUCCAUGAUUUGUCAGUAACCAUAAAGAGAAUCAUGGAGAAAUAUUCUGUGUCUAAAAAGAAAGUAGUUAGUCUUCUCUACAUACACAGUGGAGACGUUAGUCAGGCCGAGAAAGAUCUGGAGGCUUGGGGGUUGCAAGAAGGUCAAAUGAUUUGGUCCGUAGAGGAUGAUGAAUCAUUGAACAGUACGGACCCACAAGAGAUUACCAGAAUCAUCGAAAAGUUUGGACAGCCAGAGGUCAUGAGGCGUCAAGCGUUUGUUUCUUUAUAGUCGAGGUGAGCCAGUUUCUGACAACAAUGGUUUGAGUUUGGAAGCAACCUGCCAGCUUAAGCCCAGCCGUCGAUUUCACAAAACUCUUCCUAACUUAGGAUUAAUCUUAUGACUUAG